AUGCCCCGUGCCAGCACUAAUUCUGGUAACGGUGUUGGCGUCGUCCAGAAUGGAGGCUCAGCGACGGCCGCCAUCGAGCCGGAGCUCACAGGCAAGAGGCACAAGCUGGGAGUUGUGUCGGGCGUCUACAUCCCCGUCUGCCUCAAUAUCCUUAGCAUUCUGAUGUUCCUGCGCUUUGGUCUCAUUCUCGGCGAGAUUGGAUUGAUUGGCAUGCUUGGGCUCAUGUUUACGGCCUACAUUGUUGACUUUGUGACAACCCUGUCCCUCUCAGCCAUUGCUUCCAAUGGAGAAGUCAAGGGCGGUGGCGCCUACUACCUCAUCUCGAGAUCAUUGGGUCCCGAAUUUGGAGGCUCCAUAGGCAUUCUCUUCUAUCUAGCCCAGGUGCUAAAUACCGCCCUCAACGUUGUCGGCCUCAUCGACUGUAUAAAGCUCAAUGUCGGCUCCUCGAUGCCUCAAGGAUAUUGGUGGGACUACUUCUUCGGAACCACUGCUUUGUUCGCCUGCACCUGCCUAUGUCUUGCCGGAAGCUCCAUAUUCGCCAAGGCAAGCAACGCUCUCCUAGUUGUAUUAACCAUCUCCAUUGUGAGCAUACCGCUGUCUGCACUGGCCUUGCCUGCUUUCAGUGAUCCCGUCCGGGGAAUCGAGUUCACCGGAGUUAGUCUAGCAACUCUGAGAUCCAACCUGCUGCCACAUGUGUCCGGCAGAGAGUUUUCCGGCCUAGACACUUUCCGGAGCCUUUUUGGCAUCCUGUUUCCAGCUACUUCCGGAAUAUUCGCUGGCGCAUCUAUGUCUGGAGAUCUACGGGACCCAAGCAAAGACAUUCCGGUUGGUACGCUCUGGGCAAUGCUGUCGACACUUGUUGCAUACUUGCUAGUCAUCAUGUCCCUGGCAUCGAGUACAGCACACAGCUCGUUUCUUCGGAACCCAAACAUCAUCCAGGACACGAAUAUAUGGCCCCCGAUCAUAUUCGCCGGCGAAAUCGCGACUACUUUCUUCUCGGCCCUGAUGGGCGUCAUAGGCUCAGCAAAGCUCAUGCAGGCCCUGUCUCGGGACAGGCUUUUCCCAGGCCUGUCAAUAUUUGGCAAGGGCACCAAGAGAAACGACGAACCCAUACUUGCGAUAUUCCUAACCUAUAUCGUUGCGCAGCUGGCAAUGUUUGCCAACUUGAACCAGAUUGCCACCCUCAUUUCUAUGGGGUACCAGAUGACAUUUUUCGUCAUGAAUCUGGCAUGUUUUCUAUUAAAGAUUGGCUCGGCGCCUAAUUUCCGUCCAGGAUUCAAGUUCUUCAGCUGGCAGACUGCUUUUGCAGGCAGUAUGCUCUCGGCCUUGGCAAUGUUCUUCAUUGAUGAAACGUACGCCACCACCGCCGUCUGCCUGCUUGUGUUCCUAUUCCUCCUAAUACACUACUUGAGUCCUCCAAAACACUGGGGCGACGUAUCCCAGAACUUGAUAUACCACCAAGUGCGGAAGUAUCUGUUGAGGCUGAAGCCAGAGCAUAUCAAGUUCUGGAGACCGCAGAUCAUCCUCCUCAUAAACAAUCCCCGGAGACAGACCCGUCUCAUCCAGUUUUGUAACUCGAUGAAGAAAGGGGCUCUUUACAUUCUCGGCCACGUCAUCGUCACGGACGACUUCUCUACAGGAGCUGCCGAAGCGAAAUUGCAGCAAGCUGCGUGGACCAAAUACAUAUCAGAGUACUCGAGAAUCAAGGCAUUUGUGCAGCUUACCAUGUCGCCCUCCAUAACCUGGGGGGUGAGGAAUUUGAUUCUCUCAGCCGGCCUAGGCGGGAUGAGACCCAAUAUCGCCGUCAUGGGUUUCUACAACAUGGACGACUUGCGCAGUUCUGAUCCCACCAUGAAAGUUCCGGAUCCGCCGUUCCCUUCUGUAGUAGCCAAACACAAGGUCUUGGAGGCGGAGCCAAAGAGCCCCAAGAGGCGAAGAGGUGACACCUCUGCCCGUCUACUCGAGGGAUACUUGCCUACAGAUGUUAUAAGGACGGAGACGAUGAUGACCGUUACAGAGUACCUCACUAUUCUCGAGGACAUGGCUUUGAGGUAUCGGUUAAAUGUCGCCAUCGGCAAGGGAUUCGAGUGUCUAGAGACGCCUAGAAAAGAUGGUGGCAAUUUUAAAAAGUAUAUCGAUCUCUGGCCGAUCCAGAUGUCAGCAGAACUUUCCGCGGACGGAAAAAGCGUCCUCACGACGAAUUUUGAUACCUAUACCUUGAUUCUCCAGCUUGGAUAUAUUCUUCACACGGUCCCGGCGUGGAAGAAAGUCUACCGGACACGAGUUUUGGUGUUUGUUGAAUACGAGAGCGAGAUCGAAGAAGAAAAGGGGAGGGUCCUGGCGUUGCUGGAGAAACUUCGAAUUGAUGCAGAAGUGCUCGUCUUUUGGCUAGCGUCUGGGGCCCUACAGACAUAUGAAUCCAUCAUACACGGCAAGCCCGGCGACUCCGAGACUGAGGGCAUUGUGAGCGAUUGUCUAAAAGACCAAGGCUGGUGGCAAGAUCUGCAAUAUUUCAGAGGGUCAAGUUCAAUGACUGCCUCUCAGGAGCUCUCAUCGAUAUCAAAAGUCAUUAACUCAGCCUCUGGACGGUCUGGCCCUUUUAUCCGACAUUCCGCUUCGGUGGGCGCCGCAGACAGGAGACGUCCUAGUUGGGCGCAGUUCUUUGAGCUUCCUAAGAAGCCGACAGUUUUGCAGGUGGCAAAGAUGGGGCUGAGCGUCGGAAUCCAUACACAAAGUAUCCCGGUAGACGUUUUGGACAGUUCCGGCACGGAGCUGGGCGGCGACAGCGAGAGCGAUGGAAGCUCUUCGGAGAGUGGCAUGGAUGUCGAUUUCAACGAGUCAGACAGCGUCGCGAGCGAGGCAGAUGCGGAAGACAUAGAGCCGACAAGACGUCCGCUCUUGGAAACCGCCCGUCGACGGAAGAGCUAUGGCGAUUUUCUUGGUCGCCCAAAGAGCCCUUGGAAAGACCAAAGGUCCCAGGUGUCACAUCCGCGGAUUCAGCAAUCGUACGGAGCUACCGCAUCGAGCCAGCAGGAUAGUAGUGAUGAGCAGAGAGCAGGUUCGACCAGGAGCAGCAUAAGAGCCGCCAAACCCACUACCCUUAGCACCGAUAGGGGGGAUAUCGACGUGGAUAGGCCAUCAAGGUCACGACAUGGCUCAGCGGCUAUGAAGCCUUCCAGCCCACUAGUACCCGAACCAGUAACCCAUGGCGAAUAUGUGUCGAAGUCUAGGCUCAUGGUUUCUGAGGGCGAAACCCAGAAAGGCCGUCCAGGAUAUUCUCGUCAGUCAUCUGUUGGACGCUUCUCGAGCAACCUGGUCCCGGAAACUAGAAUUACAAACGACGAAGGCGGGAGCGGUAGAACAGUUUCCUUCGUGGAAUCAGGUCCAGGAAGCAAGACGCCUAUCAGAUCUCGGAGGAAUUCGAUGUCACGGACUCUGAGCACCGGUGCUAGCAGCGAUGCUCUUGUCGACAUCCCCGAGGUUUUGUCUUCCUACCGGCUACGCCAGAGCGAAGACGACACCCAGGGUUCAGGCUAUUCCUCUCAGGGGCUGGCGCUAUCCUUCAACAACCUUCCCAGCCGAGCCCAGCAUCUGAUACUGAACGAGCUGAUGCGGAACAACAGCAGUGACACGGCUGUUCUCUUCACGACGUUGCCGCCACCAGAGGAAAACACAUGUCAGAGCGAAGAAGCAAGCCUGACCUAUCUCUCGGACAUAGAGGUUCUUUGCAAUGAGCUGCCCCCGACAUUAUUAGUGCUGAGCAAUAACAUGACGGUCACCGUGAGUCUUUAG